UCUGACGCUUUGUUGUAAAUGCGUUACUUCCAAGCGCGACGAGGACACAGAUCAUAUUUUUUGUUAUGGCUGCAGCUGCAAGACAGAAUUCCUCCCAUGAAGCAGAUGAGAGAGUGAGAUUUCAGACAGAGUUAGAAUUUGUACAAUGUUUGGCUAAUCCUAAUUACCUUAAUUUUUUAGCACAGAGAGGUUUCUUCAAAGAUCAGACAUUUAUCAACUACCUUAAAUACCUACAAUACUGGAAAGAACCCAAAUAUGCUAAAUACCUCAAAUAUCCCCAAUGUUUACAUUUAUUGGAGCUGCUACAAUAUGAACACUUUAGAAAGGAAUUAGUGAAUUCACAAUGUGCUAAGUUUAUAGACGAUCAACAACUCCUUCACUGGCAGCAUUAUCAGAGAAAACGCAUGAAAUUAUUGAUCGACGAAGCAGAACGACAUAAACAAGAUCAAAAAGAUAAAACUAGCUGACACAGCAAUAAUAAAUGUGUUUUUUAAGUUUAAUGGGUCAGAGAUAUUCUCUGAAUUAUAAUGGCAGCUAUGUGGAUGGUCAAAAUUAUUGUCAUCUUUAAAACUUACAAAAAGAAAAUUUUCAUGUGUAAAAUUUUCAAAGUUGAUGU